ACUCUAAACACAUUUGAUUGGAUACAUGCUGUCAGUAGUACCACUCCACUACUCUAAACACAUUUGAUUGGAUACCAGCUGUCAGUAGUACCACUCCACUACUCUAAACACAUUUGAUUGGAUACAUGCUGUCAGUAGUACCACUCCACUACUCUAAACACAUUUGAUUGGAUACCAGCUGUCAGUAGUACCACUCCACUACUCUAAACACAUUUGAUUGGAUACAUGCUGUCAGUAGUACCACUCCACUACUCUAACGUAUUUUAUUGGAUACCAGCUGUCAAUAGUACCACUCCAAUACUCUAAACACAUUUGAUUGGAUACCAGCUGUCAGUAGUACCACUCCACUACUCUAAACACAUUUUAUUGGAUACCAGCUGUCAGUAGUACCACUCCAAUACUCUAAACACAUUUGAUUGGAUACCAGCUGUCAAUAGUACCACUCCACUACUCUAAACACAUUUGAUUGGAUACCAGCUGUCAGUAGUACCACUCCACUACUCUAAACACAUUUUAUUGGAUACCAGCUGUCAGUAGUACCACUCCAAUACUCUAAACACAUUUGAUUGGAUACCAGCUGUCAAUAGUACCACUCCACUACUCUAACGCAACAAUGACGUCCUAUUUUAAUGUUAUCUACCUGACACUAUGCCACUUGUACUUUGUAGAAGGCGCUACCCAAACAUGCGCCAUCAAACAAAACUCAAGCAUAAAGAACAAAACGACCACCUCCUGGAUGUUCCAAGAGAGCCUGGUGUCCAGCAAACUGGACUGUGCUGCCCAGUGUUUGACCAAUCCUAGUUGUAUUACAUACAUGAUCAACAGAAACACCAAAGUGUGUAGACUGUUUUCUACUAGGAUAACUCAGUACAACACAUUGACCAGUGAAGCUGGAUAUUUGUCUUAUGACACCUGUAGAGCAACCGACGCCUUCGGCUCGCCUUGUUCCAGUAACAGCAACUGUAAACUGGCCAACACAAUCUGUGUGGACAACAUGUGUCAGUGUGAUGCUGGCUGGAGUUAUUCCCAAAACACUCUUCAGUGUGUUAGAUCGUGUGUGCACUACGGGACAAUGUUCACAAAGAUCAAACAAUCCUACAUCUCGGGCAACGACCUGAUCACACUGACUGCUCCUCAAUAUAUCACCGCCAGUGGGUGUGGUCAGGCCUGCGUGGCCGUUACCUCCUUUACUUGCCUGUCUUUCGAGCUGGACACCACCUUUGGCCGCUGCUACCUGCAGUCGGUCACUCCGUUCCUUGUCAGCCUGCUGGACUUCUUACAAUUAUUGGGCACAACGGUGGACUAUUACCAACGAAACUGUGCCUACGUUUAGCCUCGACCUUCAAGACAACAAAAUUGAAAAUACGUCUUUGUUUGUGAGAUUUAGUUUGUUACCAAUGGAUGAUUGUGUAUGUCUGUGAGUCUCAUUUCAUUUCUGUAACAUUUGAGUACGGGUAGAGGAGCGUUUCAUUCUCUCUCAGUCUCUCUGUAUAGAUUUGUAUUUCUUCAUCUGUCCCAUAGUCUCUUUUGACCUAUGUGUUUUAUAGAUUAAUAUCAUCCAUAUCUACAUCACUGGUUAGUGGCAUGUCCUCAGUCAAGUCAAGCAAUGACUCUGCAUCUCUCUAUCAACAUCAUUGGUUAGUGGCAUGUCCUCAGUCAAGUCAAGCAAUGACUCUGCAUCUCUCUAUCUACAUCAUUGGUUAGUGGCAUGUCCUCAGUCAAGUCAAGCAAUGACUCUGCAUCUCUUUAUCUACAUCAUUGGUUAGUGGCAUGUCCUCAGUCAAGCAAUGGCUCUGCAUCUCUCUAUCUACAUCAUUGGUUAGUGGCAUGUCCUCAGUCAAGUCAACCAAUGACUCUGCAUCUCUCUAUCUACAUCAUUGGUUAGUGGCAUGUCCUCAGUCAAGUCAAGCAAUGACUCUGCAUCUCUCUAUCUACAUCAUUGGUUAGUGGCAUGUCCUCAGUCAAGUCAAGCAAUGACUCUGCAUCUCUCUAUCUACAUCAUUGGUUAGUGGCAUGUCCUCAGUCAAGUCAAGCAAUGACUCUGCAUCUCUCUAUCUACAUCACUGGUUAGUGGCAUGUCCUCAGUCAAGUCAAGCAAUGACUCUGCAUCUCUCUAUCUACAUCACUGGUUAGUGGCAUGUCCUCAGUCAAGUCAAGCAAUGACUCUGCAUCUCUCUAUCUACAUCACUGGUUAGUGGCAUGUCCUCAGUCAAGUCAAGCAAUGACUCUGCAUCUCUCUAUCUACAUCACUGGUUAGUGGCAUGUCCUCAAUCAAGCAAUGACUCUGCCUCUCUUUAUCUUUAUUGGAAGAUCUAAUAUUGUCAGUUUCAAACAAAUAGCACACAAAGCUCACCAGUUAAUGUUGAAUAAAUUACAUUUUAUUGGUUCAAAUCAAAAAGGGACUGUAUGUGUGUUAUAGAACUUUUUUAAAAAGUGCAUCAGUCCUAACUGUGGUGGAAAAAAAAAAGUAACAAGAAGAAAACAGUACAAAAAUAAUAAAAAAUAUUUUUAAAAAUAAUUAAAAGUAUAAAAAAACAACUAAAAUGACAGAUGAUAUUAGUGUCCAGACUGUUGAAGCUUAGCUGAACAUUAACACUAGAGGACCGUAACUAGUCUAAAGUAAAUCUCUAGUUAGCACCAUGUUUGAAAUUAUUUACAAUUCAACAAAACUGAAACCAAGAGCAUGUCUUGUAAUGUUGCCUCAUGCCUCAGAUACAGCUACGUCAAUUCUUCUUUUUUGUUUAAAUACUGAUACAUUUUUUCUACAAAAAAAAUCUUUUAAAAGAGCUGAAUUUAUCUUUCCUUCUUUAAAAGAAUGAUAAUGAUUUUAUGUCUUGUAUUUGCUACCAAAAUAAAGGAAUCUAGUUAGCCAUUCAUAGACAUACAAAAAUACCCUAGGUACAAAAUUAUUUGAAUAAACUAGCAAAUGAAUGCACACAAUAUCAACACUCUAUGUCACUAAACAACUACAAGAUCAAAUUUAAGGCACACACUAUUAUUGCUGUAUAGUAAUAGUCAGAUGUUAUCUAGUAGAGUGGUAAGUCUAUUUUGGGUGUGCUUUUCAUUUCUAUCUUGUAUUUAGAAUAUGUCAUAAUUAACAGAAUUAUUAUGUAGUCAAUAAGGCACUAAAUUAUUAAUAAUAAUUGCAAUUUCUUCGAUUUCAAAGAUUCAUGAUGAGUGGAGUGUUUGCAACUGUAUAUUUUGUCACAGUUUUUUUAAGUGAAACAACUAGACUAAUAGAAUACAGCAUCUGUGCUAACAUGGCUAUGGUGCGACAUCAAAAAAUGAAUUACAUUCAUGGAAUAAAAGUGUAACCAAACUAGAAACAAAACAUU